AAUCAUAAAACAAAGACACGGACCAUGUCUUUCCUAGCCCACCUAUAUUUCCUCCUCCCUUCUCCUUUCUUUUUAAUAAUGUUUUGUUUAUCUCAUGUAGAAGGAGAAGCACAGACUCAAAUCCUGCCGCGGCUUUAUCUACUGAUCAAAGGCACUCCCAUACGCGUAGAUUGCUUUAAUAAUCUCUUUAACUCUAAAAAUCUCAAUUUGUGCCAUUCCCUUAGCCUCCUCCACUCCAAUCCUCCCUUCAUUAUUUCUUCUUUUUCUUUUUUUGGUCAUACUUUCUCCCACUUCUCCAUGUAAUUUUAUCUGCUCCUCACAGAGCUUCUUGGGGAUAUUUUUUUAAUGAGUACCAUUUGUUUUUUAAAUUCUUGUUUUGGUAGUGACAUUCUCUGAAACACGUAGGGUUUUAUUCUUUGCCUCCCAAACAAAGGCAAGUGCUAAUCUCUUUGGAUCUAAAGUUGUGAUUUUUGGGUACAACAUGGAGCAUGUUUAUUUAUAGUUAAUCUCUUUCGUAUAGAAUUGGUAUCUUGCUUUCCAUUUCUUUAAUUUGACUUGCUUAGCUGUUUAGUCUACUUAAAAAAAAGGAGUGUUAUAAAAAAAUAAAUAAAUAAAUAAAGGGGAGAGUAUAGGCUUAGUUAGUUGAUGGUGUUUCAUUUGCAGAUAGUAUAGGCUAAGAAAUGGGAUCUAGUAAUGGGUUUUAUUCUGAAGAGUUCGAUUUGGAUGCUAAGUGGCUUAUUGAUCCAAAGCUUCUAUUCGUUGGGCCAAAGAUUGGGGAAGGUGCUCAUGCUAAAGUAUAUGAAGGAAAGUACAAAAAUCAAAUUGUUGCUAUUAAAAUUGUACAUGGAGGAGAAACCCCAGAAGAGAUUGCCAAGAAAGAAGCGCGGUUUGCAAGGGAGAUUGCAAUGUUAUCUAGAGUUCAGCACAAAAAUCUAGUGAAGUUUAUUGGUGCUUGCAAGGAGCCUGUCAUGGUGAUAGUAACUGAGCUUCUUUUGGGCGGAACAUUGCGAAAAUACUUGCUGAACAUGCGGCCAAGGUGCCUGGACAUGCGUCUGGCUGUUGGAUUUGCUCUUGAUAUUGCUCGUGCAAUGGAAUGCUUGCACUCCCAUGGGAUAAUUCAUCGUGACCUAAAACCUGAGAAUUUGAUCUUGACUGCAGACCAUAAAACAGUUAAACUUGCUGAUUUUGGUUUAGCCAGAGAAGAGUCAUUAACAGAGAUGAUGACUGCUGAAACGGGGACGUACCGGUGGAUGGCUCCAGAGCUUUACAGCACAGUCACAUUAAGGCAUGGUGAGAAGAAACACUAUAAUCACAAGGUGGAUGCUUAUAGCUUUGCAAUUGUGUUGUGGGAGCUCAUUCAUAAUAAAUUGCCUUUUGAAGGCAUGUCAAAUCUACAGGCAGCAUAUGCAGCUGCUUUUAAGAAUGUGAGACCUAGUGCUGAGAACCUCCCAGAGGAUUUGGCGUUGAUUGUGACCUCAUGUUGGAAAGAAGAUCCAAACGCUAGGCCGAACUUCAGCCAAAUAAUACAGAUGCUCCUGCAUUAUCUUUCUACCAUUUCAGCACCAAAACCCGUCAUCCCUGCUAGGAUUUUCACAUCUGAGAAUGCCGUUUUGCCACCAGAGUCUCCUGGUACAAGUUCCUUAAUGGCUGUAAGAGAUGACUUAGGGGAAACCCCAAGAACCAAGAUAGAAGACAAGCCGAGAAGUUUUUUUUUCUGCUUUAACCAAUGUUACUGAUCCCUCCUGAUACACAAAAGUCGUCUCUGGAGGUGUUUAGGCACAUUACAAUAAGCAAGUCUUAAAUAUUAGAAUAAGCUUAAAUCUUUAUGAAAAUGGUCGAUCUAGUUAGUUCAGUUGCAAUAGGAAGUUACUCAUCAUCUGAUUGAUGUCUUCAUUAACCUUUGCACGCUUCUCCCCAUGAAUACUAGUUUGUUCUGACAAUGUAUUUAGGGUUUUGGAGUU